AUGCUGCCGCUGGCCCUGGCGCUCCUGCUGCUGCUGCUGCUGGGCCUGCGCGCGGCCCCGACCCGGGCCGCCCUCGGGCCGGACUUCCCCCUGUACGCCGGGCCGCACGCGGUGCUGGCCCUCCCCCAGGAUGCGGUCUUCAUCACCCCCUACAAAAUGCCCUCCAUCGCCAAUGGCCGGCUGGGGCCCAUGGGCAUCGUCCAGUUCAACCAGGUUGACAAGCUGCACUCGGUGUCGGAGACUCGCUGGGGCACCUUCUUCAAUCCGAAGCCCCACAAGUCCAGCAACCACCUGCAGCUGGCCGGCCCCGACCCGCCGGACAUCAUGUACAUCCCGGUGCCGCAGACCUUCCAGCCGGAGAUCCUUUUCCACACCCCGCACAAGGUGUCCAUCUACUUCACCACCCCCGUGGACCGGCCCCUGCCGGAGCCCGAGACCCGCAUCCUGGGCGCCCAGUCGGCCGGGCCCGGGGUGGUGGAUUUGGUCGGACUCAUCGGCGAGCCCGGGCCCGACCGCCUGCGAGAGCUCUACGUGGCAACCCUCUCCGCGGGGUCCCUGGACCGGGCCUUUUCCGACAUGGUGAUGCUCCAGGACCCGGUGCAGGUGGUCCCCGGCCCGGGCCGGUCUUUCUACAUCUCCGACAGGGAGUCCCUCUUCCGGGUGAGUGCCUCCUCCGGGAGUCCCUUUACCAUGUCCCUGCUGACGCCCCUCCCCGGGCCCCUGGACCAGCUGGUCGUCUCGCGCUUCCUGUCCGCGCAUGCCGACUGCCCGGACGCCGGGGACAUGCUGGGGCUCCGGCCGACGGGCCAAAUCGACCUGCAGUUCUGCUUCGACGGCAACACCAUGAGCCACUCCCUGUUGGCCCCCCUCCCGGCGGAGGCAUCGCCCGGGGGACGCAUCUUGGCCGCCCCGGCCGGCUCCCUGGACGAGGCGGUGCCCUGGUUCCUCUACCUGGAGCCGGGCCCCUAUGGGGUCCUCUGGCGCGGGACCAUCUCCCUGGGCGGCAUCGCCUGGCAGCGGGUCCUCCUCCCGAGCAUCGUGUCGAACAAUGCCCACCUCCCCGGCCCGGGGGGCAUGCAUCUGGUCCGCCUGCAAAUGAGCCCGGGAUCCCCCGGGCGCUGGGUCCCCCUGGUCGGGGACGUGGCCCUCUUCGACGCCGAGACCUUCGGCUGCGAUGUCGAUCCCAGCAUCGUCUGCAGCGCCCCGGGGACGCCCAUUCUGCUGGAGCGCAAUUGGGCAUGCGCCGAUGAUCGUGCGAUGGCGCCCUUCGUGUCGGCGCAGCAGCUGUGCGCCGGCUGCCAGAAUGGCUUCUACUUGGACCGUCUGGUCGACGGACCCCCCUUCUCCCACCCGAGCCACUCCUGCCGGCCGUGCGCCCAGCCCGGCUGUCGGACUUGCACCUCGACGCAAUGUCUGGCCUGCGGCAGCCCCCUCCUUUUGGAGUUCCGCCAGCCGGCCGGCCAGACCGCAUGCGUGUUGAGCUGCUCCAGCGGCUUUGUCAAGCACGCCGGCACCUGCCAGCCGGCCGAGCUCACGUCGCCGGUCGGCGCGCUGGCCCCCCCGAGGCCGAGCCACUUCUCCGGCCUGCCGGCCGGCCAGGAGCUCACGGCCAUCGUGGAAACCCGGCUUUCUGUCAUCCCCGGCACCGGGAUGCCGGUCGUGCCGGCGCCGUCGGACUCGGCAGGGCCGGCCGGCCGCAACCUCCUGCUAUUCACCCGGACCCUGGAGGUGUACCUGGUGUGGGGCGAGGAUGUCAACCAGGCGGACGCCUCGCCGCCGACGGUGAUCCACCUGCUGGGCGGCGGCCCGCUCCCGGCCCCGGUGGUCACCUACACCGAGACGGCGACCCUCCAGGCCGGGCCGAGCCUGCUGCUGGUGGGGCUCAUGUGUCUGGCCAAUGGCCAGGCGUACCAGGUCCGGCUGUCGUGCCAGGCGCCCGGGCCCUGCACGCUGGCCGCCGCGCCGGUCCCGCUGCCACUUCCGCUGUACAGCUGCCUCGACAUCCAGCGCCUGGGCGCCGACCUCUUUGUCAUACAGGCCCCCCGGCCGAGCUCGGUCUACCUGAUCCAGGUCAACGUCAGCACCACGUACAUGGACUACCACGAGCUGCCGGCCGGCCACUUGGCCGCCCUGCCGCAGGACGGCGGGACCGGGCGCUCCUUCACCAUCGCCGAGCAGGGCACAUGGAUUGUGCACAGCGGCCCGGCGGACGCCGGCGUCAUGGCCCUGCGUCAGAUCCUCAGCACCUGGGACUCGCGCAUAAGCGUGGCCAAGGACCGCUUCCUGCCUGGCAUCGUGGACUUUGCGCCGGUCCUCCUCCCGCGCCCUGCGCCGGAGCCGCCGGUACUGGUCUUCACCCGGAUCAAGGCGACCCUCUGGGAGGCGGCCCAGGUCCCGGGCGACAUGCUCCCCGCCGGGCGGUCCACCGAGCUGCCCUUCAUCGGGCACCUGCUGGGCACCCUGCCGGAGGCCCUGGCCCACGAGCUGGACGCCCGGUUCCAGGCCGUCGCCCUGCCGGAUGGGCGCCCGGAGCUCCCGGCCGCCCUGCUGCUGCUGGCCCGCGGGUUCUUCGGGGUGUCGUUCCUCCGCUGCAUGCCGGGGGACGGCCCGUGUGCCCUCCUGCCGGCCACCUUCACCCCGCUGUCCGGGGCCCUCCGGCUGGCAGCCGGCGCGGCGCUCUGGCAGCCGGCCAUCCCCCUUGUCCACCGGGCCCCCGGGCAGGCGCUAUCGCUGCUGGGCUUCUCGGUGGCCACGGGCCCGGUGACGGUGGACCUCCUGUCGAACUGCCCUCCCGGGCUGCAUGCUCGGCCCACCGGGGAGUGCCUCUGCCACGAGACGUGUGCCGCGUGCUCGGACCCGGGCACCGGGGCCUUCGUGUGCGAUGUCUGCCGGCCGGGCUUUGCGCGGGCCCCGGCCGGGGCCAGCCCCGAUCGGUGCCUCGUCUGCCAUGACUCUUGCCUGGAGUGCGGGCUGCCGGGCGAUUCGGGCGCCUGCGAGGCCUGCCCGGCCGGGGCCUGGCUCCAUGCCGGGGCCUGUGUGGCUGGCUGCCCGGCCGGCACCUGGCCGGACAGCCCGUCACGCGGGUGUGUCCCCUGCCCGGCCGGCUGCGCUGCCUGCGCCGGGGCCGCCGCCUGCACCGCCUGCAGCAGCCGGCACUUCCUGGGCCCGGACAGCAUGUGCCACCCGUGUCACAGCUCCUGUGCCAGCUGCGCGGACAACGCCACCUGCACCGAGUGCCACAGCGGCUUGGUGUUUCUGAGCCCCGAUCCGCAGGUUGCCUCGCUGUGCGGGAGCACCUGCGCUCCGGGGGAUUAUGUCGAGGCGGUCCGGUGCGCCACCUGCGCCCCCUCGUGUGCCCUCUGCACCGGGGCCGCCGAGCGGUGUGAGCUGUGCGCGGAUGGGCACUUCCGGCUGACCGGCCCGCCGGGCGCCUGCGCUGCCUGCCCGGCGGGCUGCGCCUCGUGCACCGCCGACCGGUGCCUGGCCUGCGAGCCGGGGCUCUUCCUCGACUCGCGCGGCGCCUGUGUGAGCGCCUGCCCGGCCGGGACCUUCGCCGACACCGAGUCGUGCCAGCCGUGCGACCUGAGCUGCGCCACCUGCGUCGGGGGCGGCGCCGACCAGUGCGCCAGCUGCGCGGCCGGGCUGGACUUCGUGCCGGCCGGCGGCUCGGCCGGCACAUGCGUGUCGGGCUGCCCGGAGGGCCAGUACCGGGACCGUGUCUCCGGCGACUGCUUCCCAUGCGACACGGCGUGCGCCACGUGCAACGGCCCGUCGGACAAGGACUGCUGGCGCUGUGCCAGCGGUGUCCUGCAGGAUGGCGACUGCGUGCAGCACUGCGCCGCCAAGCAUGUGGCCCUGGCCGGGCGGUGCCUGCCCUGCCAUGUGUCGUGCGACCAGUGCGCCGGGACCCGGAGCACUGAGUGCCUGCCGGACUGCCCGGGUGAUCUGCUGGCCCUGCCGGCCGGGGCGUCGCCCAUGCGCUGCGUGCCGGCCUGCCCGGUGGGCUACAAUGCCUCGGGCGCCGGGUGCAGCCCCUGCGGGGAGCACUGCGCCAGCUGCCCGGAGCAGGCGCCCACGUGCGCCCUGUGCGACCGGGGCUGGCUGCUGGCCAGCCCAGACUGCGUGGCCGAGUGCCCGGCCGGGAGCUCGCCGCUGGGCGGGCUGUGCUCCACGUGCCAUGGCAGCUGCGCGACGUGCUACGGCCCGGGGCCGGACCAAUGCCUGGCCUGUGGCCCGGGCACGCCGUUCCUUGUGGGUGGCCGCUGCCACGCUGGCUGCCCUGCGGGGACCUUCCAGGAUGGGCACGCCUGCCAGCCAUGCAACUCCACCUGCGCCGCGUGCGCCGGCCCCAGCACCUCGGAUUGCACUGCCUGCGCGGCUGGUCGCCUUCUCCUGGGUGGAUCAUGUCUCCAGCAGUGCCCGGAUGGCUUCUUCCCCGAGGGCGGGCUUUGUGUCCCUUGCGAUCCCACCUGCGCCACGUGCGACAACCCCGGCACUUGCGCCUCGUGCGGCGCCGGGCGCUUCCUCUCGCCUGCCGGCCUCUGCGUCGACAGCUGCCCAGCCGGGGCUCAUGCGUGCGCCGCCAGCGGCCGGUGCCUCGCCUGCCCGGCGCACUGCGCCGAAUGCACAUCGUCCGGCGCCUCCUGCAUGCCGGCCUGCACCGGCUGCGAGGAGGGCUUCCUCCUGUCGGACGACCAGUGCGUUGCCUCGUGCCCGGCCGGCACGUACAGCCCCCCGGAGCUCGGCGCCUGUGCCGCGUGUGCUGCCUCCUGUCCGACGUGCGUCGAGCGGGCGGACCGGUGCACCAGCUGCGCGUCGGGUGUCCUCGUGCGCGAGAGCGGCACCUGCGUGCCGGCCUGCCCGCCCGCGCAUGCUCCCUUCGAGGGGGUGUGCCUGGCCUGUCCGGCGGGCUGUGAAGCGUGCCAAGCCGACCGGACCCAGCCCCCGUGCACCGUCACGGCCGAUGGCUCGCUGGCCUGCCCGGCGGUGGCUUCGUGCUCGCGCUGCGCUGGCGGCCUGUUCUUGGUGGACUCCGCCUCGUGCACCGCCGAGUGCCCGUCCGGCACCUUCGCCGAUGACGAAGGCACCCCACCGGCAUGCGCCGCCUGUCACGCCAACUGCACCGCGUGCAUGGGCCCCACGGAGGCCGACUGCUUCGAGGCACCCAAAGGGGGGGCCUCGCGCGUCGGCCUGGCCGUGGGCCUGUCCGUGGGCCUGCUGCUGCUGCUGAUCCUGCUGAUCCUGCUGGUGCUGUUCUGCGUCCGCCGGCGCGCCAAGGCCGGGCUCGCGGCCCCGAAGGACCUGGACGCCGAGGACGCCACCAUGCUGAACACCAUCGUGGAGCUGGCCCUGCCCGGGGCCAUCCUGGACCUGGUGCGAGCCGCCUGGCAGGCGGACCCCGCCAUGCGGCCCCAUGCGGCCAUCCUGCGCCAGCAGUGCGCCGCAUUCUUUGUGGCUGCCGGUGGUCUGGGUCCGGGAAUGGGGCCAUGA